AGCAUUUCGAUGCACAACGUGUAGCUAAGCAAAUAGCUAAGCUAACGCCUCCAGAGCUACGCCUCUUCUAACUGAAGAUGCUCCCCGACAGGGUUUAAACUCGUUUGGUGAAAUCACAGGCCGUUGUGAUGUCGGAACCCAAACCUCCCACUCCUACUACACCAACCCCUGAAGACUCGUACGAGGGUUGGCUCUUCAAAUGGACUAACUACAUAAAAGGUUAUCAGAGACGGUGGUUUGUUCUCAGCAAUGGAUUGCUAUCUUACUACAGAUCUCAGGCGGAGAUGGGUCACACUUGCAGAGGCACGAUUAAUUUGGCCACUGCCAACAUUGCUGUGGAGGACUCGUGCAAUUUUGUCAUUUCUAAUGGAGGGGCACAGACUUACCACCUGAAGGCCAACUCUGAAAUUGAGCGCCAGCGAUGGAUCACUGCACUGGAACUUGCUAAGGCAAAAGCUGUUAGCAUGCAGGAGGAAUCUGAUGACUCUGGUGAUGAGUUCUGUGUAGUCGUCCCUGUUUCAGGACAGGGCGGUGGCUCUGAUAUAUCAGAAGUUCAGUCUACAUUGCGCACCCUGAGCAGCAAGGUGGAGGACCUUACCACCUGCAAUGAUCUAAUUGUUAAACAUGGCUCUGCUCUCCAAAGGUCUUUAUCAGAGCUGGAGGGUCUGCGUGUUGGAACGGACAUGGGGGAAAAGAUCAGACAAGUCACAGAAAGGGCCACACUUUUCCGAAUCACCUCUAAUGCCAUGAUAAAUAGUUGUAGAGACUUCCUCUCCAUAGCCCAGAGCAACAGUAAGCGCUGGCAGAAGGCCUUGCAUACUGAGAGGGACCAAAGGAUUCGUCUGGAGGAGACUCUGGAACAACUAGCCAAACAGCACAACCACUUGGAGAGGGCCUUCAGAGGGGCUACAGUUCUGCCAUCUUCCUUAAGCAAUCCCAACUUAAACAUUAAAAGUGGUGUCUCAGUAAAAGGCGAUGCCAGUGACGAGGACGAUGACAAUGAGUUCUUUGAUGCAAUGGAAGACCCGACAGGAUUCAUCACUGUUCCUGCUGACCCCAAGUACCAUAGGAGAUCUGGCAGUAAUGUCAGUGGGCUAAGCAGUGAAAUGGGAAUGGACGAUCAGUCGUUUGAUGAACUCUCCUUGGCAUCCAAUUCAGAGUCUUUGCCUCCAGUUGAGCUGGAGCCAGUCAGGCAAAGAAGGACUCGUAUUCCUGACAAACCCAAUUACUACCUUAAUUUGUGGAGCAUCAUGAAGAAUUGCAUUGGAAAAGAGCUCUCAAAGAUACCAAUGCCUGUAAAUUUCAAUGAGCCACUGUCGAUGCUUCAGCGUCUUUCUGAAGAUCUUGAAUACCACGAGCUCUUGGAUAAAGCUGCAAAGUGUCAUAACUCCUUAGAGCAGAUGUGUUAUGUGGCAGCCUUUACCGUCUCUUCCUACUCCACCACAGUCCACCGCACAGGAAAGCCUUUCAAUCCCUUAUUGGGGGAAACCUUUGAGCUUGAUCGGAUCAAAGAGUCUGGUUAUCGCUCACUUUGCGAACAGGUCAGUCACCACCCUCCAGCUGCAGCUCACCAUGCCUUCUCUGAAAAGGGCUGGACCCUUAGACAGGAGAUAACGCUGGCAAGCAAAUUCAGAGGAAAAUAUCUUUCAAUCAUGCCUUUGGGUUCUAUCCAGUGUAUAUUUGAUAAGAGCAACAACCACUACUCUUGGAAAAAAGUUACUACGACCGUACACAACAUUAUAGUUGGCAAAUUAUGGAUAGAUCAGUCAGGGGAGAUAGAUGUGGUGAACCACACUACAGGAGAUCGCUGUCACCUCAAGUUUGCUCCCUAUAGCUACUUCUCUAGAGAUGUUCCAAGGAAGGUGACUGGAGUUGUGACAGAUAAGGAUGGGAAGGCUCAUUACGUGCUGUCAGGAACAUGGGAUGAGAAGAUGGAGUUUUCUAGGAUAAUGCAAAGCAGUAAAGGCGAGAAUGGCACCGAAGGCAAACAGAGGACCGUUUACCAAACCCUCAAACCAAAAGAAAUCUGGAGAAAGAACCCUUUACCUGAGGGAGCAGAAAACAUGUACUUUUUCUCCUCCCUGGCGUUGACACUUAAUGAACCUGAGGAGGGGGUGGCUCCAACAGACAGCCGGCGACGUCCGGACCAGAGGUUGAUGGAAGAAGGCCACUGGGAUGAAGCUAACGCUGAGAAACAAAGGCUGGAAGAAAAACAGCGCUCUACUCGACGUGAAAGGGAAAGAGAUGCUGCUAAAGCAGCCACCACACCUGAAGAAGCUCAUGCACAUGACACCAGCACCACAAGUGAGGUUUCUGAUGAAACUGAUGCAGAGGACUCUCCUCCUCUUACACCGGUUGCAUGCAAGUUCCUCUUACAUUUUCACCCCAUGUUCUCAGAAUUAACCAAAAAUCCAGAUAUCAUGUUAAGCUUUCAAAUUUCACCCAUUUUAUUCUGUUUUUUUUUUUUUUUUUCCUUCGCCCCUUAUGGACCAUCAGUCCCCCCUUACCCAAGUGUCCAUCCAGAUAACUACCAAGCACUGUGGUUCGAGAAGAUUCAUGACCCGGUGUCUGGAGAGACCUUGCACGUGUACAAGGGAGGUUACUGGGAAGCAAAGGAACAAGGAGACUGGGAAUUGUGCCCUGACAUCUUCUGAUUACAGCUUUCUGAUAUCUGUAGCCUCAGGAUCACAGUGUUAUGGACUUCUUUCUCAGAGCAGGUUCUUGCUCAUAUGGCAUUGUAAUUGUUUUGCUGCUGGUUGCGUUGCAUUCCUUUAGCCUCAUAAGUAAAAUCUGGGAAUGAUGUCACCCCUAACUCAACAACCUUCCAGGUGCGAAUGAGAAAACCCGUAAGGUAUGUUUGGUGUACUUUGCAACUGGUAGAAAUCAUCAUCAUCAACACAAGGACAUGAGAACACAGAAAAUACUGUAUGUAUUUUUCUCUUUGAAAUAUGGCAUUCUGAAACAAGGUGGAAUAAAUUGAAAAAGAAGUAAACUACAAGUUUAUGAUUGCAACAGCCGAGAUUUCUUAUGCAUUAGGCAGCCAUAUUGGGUUUUCUUUCAUGUUUCAUAAAACUACUUCCUCUGUCCUGAAAGUCAGACUUCGGUGUUUAAAUGAAGGCUUGUUCAGAUCACAUUCUCACUCAUCCUGCAAUGAUACUUUGUUUUAUCCUCUUCAUAUUAUCUUUUACACAGUGCCUUACAAAAGUAUUAAUCCGCACUGGAGAAUAUCGAAAUCAGUCAUUUUAUCUUAAAAUAAGUGCAUUUGUUCUUGGAUUGAGGAGGUAAAAGAGACACUUUGCCAAUGGAACAAGACAAUUUACAUUUAAAAUAAGAAAAAACAACUGCAUUGUCUUUU